CCGACGCAUCCUAUAAUCCUCCGACUCAUUUUUGUCCCCAGAGGAUGCUCACCUGAUCGAGGCCACGUCACAAACAUGCAGAGCCCACAGGACACAGGGCACAGCGCAGCCAGCAUCGACCGCGAAGCCAAAGCUCACGCAGAGGACCUCAAAAGCCUGCUUGCUAAUAGCCACUUCCCUUGGAGCAAGGAUGUCGAAGCUGCUCAGAAACAAUGCCGCAAUGCCCAUCUCAAGUUGAUAUUUCACCAUCCCCUGUCCCCAUAUUCCCAAUCUUUGGACCCUUUGUGGCUGCAUACAACAUACGCUCUUAUUCAAUCUUACAGAGAGGUCGUCGCAGGCCUGGAGCGAGUAGCGCAGUCACAGGCAGGUUCUCCCGUGGGGAAUGGCGGGGGACGAGGAGGGCGACGCAAGGGAGGGGGGGCCGGCGGUGCUGGCGGCGAUGUAAAGAAAGCCUUGACGCGCUUCCGACAAGUACUUGCCAGCGAAGAGACGUUCUAUCGCAGCAUAGUUGCCCGAAUUGCUUCAUCCUACGAGUUGGGCGAGAUCUCGGGUGUCGCAAGCGUCCUCAGGCAAGUCAAGCUGCCCGUGGACAUUUACUCGCCCCACGAGACGUCGCCGCUGUAUGAAGAUGCGUCGCCGCUGGCCAGACGUGGGUCGACCCAAAGCCUGAGCUUGGCAGAAAAGAAGACAAAGUUGGGACUCUUGUAUAAGGGCUUGAUCUGCCUGGGUGAUCUGGAAAGAUAUCGCGAACAGUACAAGGCGCCCAUCAAUGGUGCAGGAAGGCGAGCGCAAGAGAGAGUGAGGGAAGGAGGGAGGUUUGAAGCAGCUCAGAGGUACUAUACGGCAGCAUGGAGUUUGCUUCCCGAUGAUGGCUCCGCGUGGAACCAGCUUGCGGUGAUAUCGACUUAUAUCCCCUCCGACUUCUCCACUGCAUACUACUACAUCCGAGCCCUGUCCGUCCGUCAAGCUUUCCGGGGAGCUGAAGGAAUUCUGCAAAAGUUCUUCAGUAGGAUGUUCGAUAGAGGCCGAAUCAGGUGGAAAGAAGAGGACCUGGUGGAAAGAGAAAAUGGAAUGAAGGGCGUGGAUGGUAUUGAGAAAUGGAAAGAUGAGGUGGUGGCCUUGAUAGCGAUCGUGCAUCUCAAGAUUGGUUUCACAUAUAUACCCACUCUCUUGCCCUCCAUUCUAGACUCUCUCAAAGAUCACCUGUCUUCUCGCCACCUUCCUACUGAAACCAUUGUUCAACUCACCGCCCUCCUUAUCGGCGUUCACUUUCGAAAUCGUUCCACAGCCGGAGUCUUGCCUACCGGUAACCCGGUGACUUCUCAAGAUCCCAAAGUCGUCAAGAGAUCUUAUGAAGCUGAAGGCAAAGCCUUGGAAGUCAUGCUCCGAGUCUGGACCGUCUAUUUCCUUGUUGCUACCGAGGAAGUGAGAGAUGCGAGCUUGGCAGCAGUUGGGUCUUUGGAAGGCAGUGCUCUGGAUGACAGGCCUGUCGACGGGGCUGGAAUUCGCCACGACGAGAUGCCGCAACUCAUCUCCGCCGUCCUCAGACGAAUUUUGCCUUCCCUCCGGCUGAUCUCCAAAUGGUUAAAGUUGAAUUCUUCAUAUCUUUUGCGACUCUCCAACACCCAAGACUCCAAUCCGAUUUGUUCAACAAAUCUGACUACCGCUCAAGGUGACUUUGAGCGACAAUAUGAAGCCUUUUUGGGUCUGAUAGGCAAGACUUUCCCGUUGGACAGAUUGCCCAGUUUAGAGGAGGCACUGGAGGAGGAUAUCGACAUGCGGGGCUUCCUUGGCCUAGUUUCUGGGAGUGCCAGCGGAGAAUCCAAUGGCUUGGCAAAAUUCAGCGCUCAGGGCCAGACCAGCGAGCAAGGCAUACUUGAUGGGCGAAGUGCGGAGCGAGAAGUGCAUCCAAAUGAAGAGCACUUGAUGCGACUGAGUGAUCUGCAGGUGGACGGGAAAUUGAUCUUGAGUUUCACGCAAGGCCAUGACUCUGUCGAACCUCUAGACCUCCAUCAAUCGUCGUUCAGCAUUCCUGACGCCACUACCAAAGCUUAUCCAGCACUGCAGGAUCUUCCGCACGUGCCGCCAGCUUUGUCAGAGCAAGACGAUCUUGGAUCAAUCUCAACCAAUACGGAGGAUGAUCCUGUCACUCUCGCCAUGCGUGCAAGUCUCGGAGAGCACGGGGAGAGCGAGCUUGGUGAAGGCAUUGACGAUAUGGGGGACGACGAUGACGAAGAGGUCAUCGUUUGGGGAAGGGGGUCAAACGCCUUUGCUCAGCCCCCAAGUCAGUCCCAAGGAUCGUUUCUCUCGAAUGGCACACCCCAGGCCCUUCCUUCCCUGGCUCCUCUGCAUCAACCACCAUACACAAAUCCUCCUCAAUCAUUAUCAGCUCAACAUUCUGCUACCCAUCAGCCCAAGCCGCAGCUCCACAACUUCCAGCAGCCGACUCAUGCUACAAGCUCUAUGAUGAGCGGGAUGCCCAAUGCUGGCGGGUCUGGAGCCCCCAAAACAGCAGCCGAUCUAUUGCACGAUCUUCUCGAGGGUGGCGUCAAUGGCUCUGUGUCACCUAUGGCGCAAGGUCCAUUGUAUGGUCAAACCGGAUCACCCUUCGUCCAGCAUUCCCCAGGCUUUGCACCGUCGGGGGGCUUCUCGAGGAGUAACAGCAUGUCAGGGAUGGGUCUGCCAUCACCUCACCCAUUGCCUCUUCCGAAUGGACCAACUGGACAUACUCAGCAUUCAUCCCUUGGGUUUCCCCAGUUUCAGCCUCCCUCAGUUCCGCAACACUCGCAGCAGCAAUCGCAACAGCCGUUCAUGGGUGCUGCUCAAUCGGGUGGAAUGGGAAUGGGAAUGGGCAGUAUCUGGACCAUGACAAGGGAAGAAAGCGGAAAAGGUCAAAGCAGGGGCUGGGACGGAGUUGUCGCUGGCAACGGUACCGCGCCACCACCCGGUUUCGGCUUGAAUGCUCCUCAACCUCCUGGGCCUUACCCCGCUCCCACCCAGCCGCAGCCCCAAGUGCUUCCCAAUCAUCAACAAAUCUCCAUAACGACAUCGCGUCCAUCAACGACACUCCAGGCCCAAGUCAAAGGCACCUAUCGCCCGUCACCCUCUACGAAUCAGCCUAGCAAGCAGGCUGGCGUGCAGACGACUCGCCAACCCACCGGACCUCCUUCCAGCGGGCCUAUGUGGGGCGGUCCUGGGGCCGCAGGAGCAGCGAAUGGGAGUGGCGCCGCACAAGUAACAAUGCCUUUACCGUCUGUCAAAGCCGGUGAAGGAGCACCAUACUAUAUGCGCCCCGGGGUAUUUGGGUCUACUGGAUCUGGAAUUGCCUCGGGACCUCCUGGACUACCUGCGGUUGCCGUAGGGGGUGGGUUGUCUUUGGGAGGUAGCGGAGGCGGGAUCUGGGAUAGCAGAGCUGGGACAAAAGAAGUCGGCAAUGCGCAAGGAUGGGUGUGAAAAUCCACAAGAGUCAGAUUGUUGGAUGCUGCCUUGAAAGAGUAGCAUCGGUGUAUGGUCACCUACUGCUCCUGCCCCACGAAUCGUCGCGCGCAUUAAAGAUCAUCUCAGAGAUGGGUGUACGUAUAUUUCUUGGCUGCACCUGUGGGUCUUGGGAUGCUUGCAGUUGGAGUUCACGGGUAUGGAGCAAUGGGGGAGGGCUGUCUUUUUGUGAUAUUCUCGGCAAAGGAGAAAGGGUGGAUGUAAUGUUCUGUUCUGUUCUCUUCUGUUCGUUCUGGGCGGGAUAGCGUGCCGUACGAUCACCAUGCUGUGGUAUGCAUAUUGAAAUGAUUAUAGAA